CUGCAGCCUGCUGUACAUGAGCACCGGCAGAAGAACCCAGCACAUGAAGAAUAUUUGACUCUCUGCAAGGAUUGAAGUCUUUGAGCUCAGGGUUGAGAUUCCUCGCUCCUUCAGGUUUCGUAAGCGGUCCUGACCUGAGGCUGAACUCUCAGAUAUAUAUAAAGACACCCAUCUCGCCCCUGUGGGCGGUCUAUCCUUCAAGCUCGGGUCCUCUACCAGAGGUCUGGGAGCUUGAGGGUCCUGCGCAGUAUCUUAGCUGUUCCCAGGACUGCGCUCUUCUGGACAGAGAUCUCCGAUGUUGUUCCCGGGAUUUGCUGGAGCCACUCGCCUAGCUUGGGAGUCACCGAGUGCUCCGAUUACCUCUGGGACCACCGUUACCUUCACCCUCCACAUCCACAGCUCUUCUCUGAGCUCUUGGCAUUUCUCGAGCUUCUCGUGUUCCUUCUUCCUGAUGUUGCUGUCAUUCGGAUCUCUCUGAUUGGCCGUGGUCCAGUUGAAAGUGCAGGUGGAUAGAGAGAGAGCUUGAACCAUGUGGAGCUUCUAUACGAUACAUAAUGAAACCCCCUACACAUUUCACUACUGUAGUAAGGGGAGAGAGGGUGUGCGUACAGUGCGUGGCAACAGCACAGGAGAGUACCUGCAUGCAUUACCACCAUUUUGGGGGCUCUCCUUUAGAUAUGGAGAUCACUCAGAAAGUGACCUCACUGGUGCAGGUGGUGGCGCUUCGUACACCAUAAGAGAGAGUAAAGACCACAAGGAAUUUGAACUGGUCCACAACAUGUUAGGUAGUGUUGUUGACCGUUGUCCCAACUUUGGCAGAAAUGAUGAAGAGAAACGAGAACGUGAGAAACGCCAACAAGAGGAGCGACGCAGGAAAGAAGAAGACGAGAAAAGGCGUCAGGCAGAGCUUGAGCGACAGAGGAAGAUCCAAGAGCAGAUGGAAAAGGAGAACGAAACAUUAAGAAAAAAGCUCAAUGAAGCUCACAACAGGUUUCAGGAGGAGGAAAACCUCAAAACCUGGGAGCACCGUCAGCAGCACUCUCAAGUUCUACACCAGCUCUUGGAAGAUGAAGCACAUCACAUAGAGAGAGAUGAGGUCACUGAUGUUAAUGAGAAGUUUGAAAAACUUCUAUCAAAGUACGACAUCAGAGAGGAUGAACAGUUACAGAUCCAGCUGGAAGACAGGAUGAAGACUCUCCAAAAUAAGCUGACAUUACAAUAUUUUAAUGAGCACCCCCACUUCGUCCCCACUUCGUUACUGUGGGCUUUGGAUCAGACUACUGGAUAUGUGCUGCUGUCUCUGACUGAGAGGUUCAACAUCCUGGAGGCAGUGCUGAAGGUGACCUUAGAGGGUGACCCUGAUUUUGAAGAUCUCCUCCAAAAUGGACAAGACAAGAAGACAGAGUUCCUCCUCAGCUUGCAGGAACAGCUACAUGCUGAGAAUCCAACACUGGCCCAACAGGUGUUAGCAAAUGUUCUGGACCUGUCCUCAAAGCUACCCCGAUCAGGUAAGGAGAUCGUCAGUCAAAUAGUGUUCAACAACAUCUGGGCACCAAAAGACAUCAAGCGUUUCCUUGGAAAGACCUUAAGCAUGGAUCAGAAAACAGUCACAAAAAUCCUCCGCAAAGCGUGCACCUACAGGCUGAGCUGUGACGACGCUCUCUCUGCCCUGAAUGAAGACGAUCCUGCAGAGUACAUCCAACAUUGUGUGGACAAAGCUGAGCAAGACAAAGAUGCUGACACACUUUUGGCUGAAAUGGAAAACAAAAACUUUCCAGAGUGUGUCCCGUCACUCCUGCGAGAAGUCCUGACAUAUAUUGAAGAAGAGCUACCCAAAUAUGGAAGUGUGCCCAUUAACAGGGAGAUGAUUGAAGACUGUAAAAAGAUAAUAACGGCUCUCGAUUUUAACAAUCCUAAGAUUGAUGCUCUGAAGAAAGUCCUGAUCAUCGUAUCCAGAGCUGUAAAGGAAUGCACCGCCUUUACCACUCAGAGCGGUGAACAUGUGCAGGGCUACUUCCCAAGACCCAGUCAGCUGGCAUCACUGCUGCUGCUCCUGCUGCCACAGUCUGGGGAUAAGGAAGGUUGUCUGUUGGAAAUCAGCACUGGAGAGGGCAAAACUUGUAUUUUAGCCAUGUUUGCUACAAUACAGGCCACCCGAGGCAUAAAGGUGGACAUUGUGACAAGCUCUCCUUUGUUAGCAAGUCGUGAUCAGGAUAAGUGGAGAAAAUUAUAUGAUGUGUUUGGUAUUACAUCAUCCACGGUCCCUCCAACACACAUCGAUACCUGCUCUUUUAAAGAUCAUGACAAGCUGCUUGAGGAUGCAUACAGCCAGCAGGUCGUUUAUGGUACAGUUGGUACGUUUGCAGCAGAUACACUGAGGCAAGAGUUUGAGAAGAAGACUACCCGAGGUCCGAGGAGGUUUGAGUGUGUGGUAGCAGAUGAGGUGGACUACAUGACGUUGGACAGUGGUGUCCAGGUCACGUUCCUGUCACACCAAGCCGGCAGCCUAAGGCACAUGGAGCAAGUCCUGGCAAGCAUCUGGGCCAUGAUGUCGUCCUGCAAGCCAAUAGAAAUGUUUGAAACGGGGGAGAUCAGGUGGGGAACCAGGAUCCAGCACUUCCACAAGGCUGUAAUGCAAGCAGUGGUUGGCUCAGAAUCAGAAGAUGUUUCAGCUGCUGACAUACUUGUUCUUGGUGCCCAGCUGGGGCUUUAUUCACAGGAGGAUGUGGAUGAAUUAAAUAAAGCAGAUGGUCAGACACAAACAGAGACUGACAGCUUUAAGGAUGCCAGGUGGAAAGCUACUGAGAAAAUCAUGGCCAACAUUGGACCAGAAGAACAGUGUGAGCUGCUGAGACAAGUUCAGACAAAAAUAGAAAACGGUGUAUCUGUAAAUUGUUACUCACUAAUGAACAACAAAGCCAAACUUUACAGCAAGGACAGCUCUCAUGGAGACCCUGAUGUCAGCCUGCUUCUCCUGGAGAAUGGCUGUACCUGUGAAAUCAUGUCCGAGGAAUCCAUCAUCCAAGGAGCUGUGGACAAAUUAAAACCAACAAUUAAAUAUUCUGAUGAGUGUUCAGUGAAGUCAUUGGAUGAGUGUAAGGGAUUUAUUGUGAUCCCCUCUUUUUUGAAAAGAUACAUUGAGAAUCAGUUACCAGUUUUUGCCGAGAACGCCUUAAAAGCCAUCAGAAUGACUCAGGGAAGAGAGUACAUGAUUGAGAAAGCACCUGAAGCUGACGCAGGUGGUUUCAGUGAUGCUGACAGUCAUCAGUAUGAUGCCAUAAUUCCUGUGGACUUUGAGGCCAGUGGGGUGUUGGAGAAAAACAAGCGAUGGGGUGACGGCCUACAACAGUUUCUGGAGAUGAAGCACCAGCUGGCCAUUUCACAGCUGUCCAAUGUAACAAAUUACAUGUCAAAUGUCCAUUUCUUUAAAAGGUACCUCAAUGGAAAAGGCAUUUUUGGUGUUUCUGGGACAUUAGGGGGGCAAGCUGAGAAAGUAUUUCUAGAACGGCAUUACAAAACAGCAAGCUAUGUCAUUCCAGCUCACCGCCAUAAAAAGCUUGUUGAGUUGCCAGCAGUUCAGGUGAGUGGAGGCAACACUCAGUGGAUCCAGGUGAUCUGUGAAACUGCACAGAGAGCUGCAGACAGAGGCCAAGUUGUUCUUAUCAUUUGUGAAGAUGUUAAAACUGCAGAUGAGCUGAAGACAAACAUGCAUGUUCCAGAAAGGCAAGCCAAUGAGAUCACCAUGUACACAAUCAGCGAGAAGCACAACAUCGAGAAACAGAACUUUAGCCGGGGAAACAUUAUCAUUGCUACAAACCUCGGUGGCCGUGGGACAGACAUACACGUUCAGCAGGACGUGAACGAGUGUGGAGGUCUCUUUGUGCUCCUUACAUACUUUCCUAGAAGUCACCGUGUGGAGCGACAGGUCUUUGGACGCACCGCCCGAAAAGGAAACCCAGGGAUGGUUCAGAUGGUUCUCAACCUGGGCCAUCUUGCACCAGCCUACCAAGGCCAUUCAAUCGAAACCAUGAGACAGCUCAGAGAGGAGUAUGAGCUCAGACAUUUAGACAGCAUGGAGAAAAAUGAACUCUGUGAAAUUGACAUGAAGGAAACUCUGUUCUCCAGUUUCUGUCAGUUUCUCUGUGACUUUGACAAGAAUUACACAGUGGAAGAAAGGAGUGACCUGUCCAAGAUGAAGCUGAAGGAUGUUCCUGAAUAUUUUAAGAUCCAUCAGAACAAGUUCGACUAUCAGACUGCACUGAAUGCUUUGAAAGAAUCGUGGGCUUUGUGGCUCAUCCUUCAUGAAAAGCACAUCAGCAGACAUGACGAUAUCAGCAAGCUGAGAGAAGACCUCACCAAAGACUUGAAGAAGACUGGUGACUUCCUCCUGCAGGGGACGAGCUAUAAUUUCUAUGAUUACAUCAAACAGGCAGCAAGCAGAACUGACCUGCACUGCAUGAACACAACUAAAUGUGACUUUGGAGCAAAGACUUGCUGGCAGAGAGCUGCAGAGUGUGAUCAUUUCUACAGUGCUGUGGCACUUUAUAAUCAAGCUUACAUCACACUCAACCUCAGAAAAGGAGACUACAUAGCUGAGGCAAAGGAAUUAUUGGAGGAAGCACAGUCUGCAGUGGAUGUCUAUCUCUCAGAAUCAACAAAUACGAUGAUGUUUUGUAAUUUUUCAGUGACGAGUGGCUUUGUUCCACACCACACAAACAGCAACCUCCAGAUCCAAAUGCAAGCCAGGAUGACUAUCUUCAAAUCUUGGAAAAGAUACAUUGAAAGUGCCCUGACAACUCUGAAACAGCUCGAUGGCAGCAAAGGUGAUGCAGAAGUAGAGGAUUCCAGUGUGUACCAUCUUUCCAAAGAUAAAGAUUUAAUCACCACCAAUGAGCUGAUGAUGCUCUAUGAGAAUGGCCUUAGCACAGUCUUUGAGGUUAAAAAGAAGCCCGAGUUCUGCUAUGAUGCCCUUGCUUGUUUUGUUCUCGGUGCCCUUCAAGUCGCAGCAGGUGUUCUUGUUUGUGCUCUGUCAUGUGGUGGUGCCAGUCAGUUUGGACUUGGACUGAUCUGUGAGGGAGUAUCUGACAUGAUUCAAGGGAUCAAAGGAAUGAUACAAGGAGGCUUUGACUGGGCUGAAUGGGCGAUCUCCAAGGCCAUCAGCAUUGGGUUGUCUCUGAUCUCUGGUGGAUUCAGCCGACUAAAGAAAGCUGCAAGUGCAGUGCGUAGUGGCACAAAAGGUCUGAUCGCAGGAGCAAAGACUAGUGCCUACACAGUAAAACAGUGUUUUCUGAAGGCAGGAAAGUAUGCAGUUCAGGAACUGGGGAAGCAAGGAUGCCUCAGUGCUCUGAGUUAUACUGCUGAGAAGGCAAUUAAUGCUUUUUUCCAAAAAGUUCUGAGGAAAGUCUUUGAGGAAAAGGUGCUUUCACUCAUAAAAGCCAACCAUGACCUGGAUGAAGUUCUCACAAGCUUCAUUUGCUCAGGAAUACCAAAGAAUAUCCUGGAGAAUGGGUCCAGGGAAUUCAGAAUGCACAAAGAGUGUGAGGAAGAAAUACUUCAGUCAGUGGAUCUGAUAACAAGAGAAGUGAUUCCUGACCUGAUGAUGAAUUGUACCAUGGUUCUUAAGGCUCUUGAUGGACUUUCAGCGGUCUGUGGUGCUGUAACACAACACAUAAAGAGCAAAAAAGGGUCCGAUCGAAUAGAAAAUAUUCUAAUGGGUUUGGAAGCAGCUAAAUAUGUCACAGCCUUUGUACAAAUAUGGAAUUCAGUACCAACAGAGAAAGUCAUUAACAACACCUUUGUUCCUAAGCUCUUGCAAAGCAUGGAAAAACUACCUCAAGAAAGGAAUGACCAGGAUGAAAGACACAGUUUAUCAGAUGUGAAACGCUUUAAAGAUGAACUCAUCAACAUGAUUGCAGAAAGUGUUUCAAACUCUUAUGUUGAGGCCUGUUCCAGGCAUAUGACCUCCAUCAUGAGCAAAAUGUGCAUAAGUGAAAUAAACCAUGCUGUUGGUGGUGCUGUUAGCAACAUACUUGGCAGGGCUGACACCCAAAGUUUCUUUAACAACCAGGAGUAUAAGUACAACAUGAAAAAGGUCAUCCAGUGUCCGCGUGAGUCCCUGUCAGAGUCUGACAAGAAAGACUUGGAGUGCUACAUAGAGGACAUUUCUGAUGUUAACCGCCCUGCUACAGCUUUGGACAUCCAUGUCCUCACCCAGAGUGAUGCUUUGGAAGGCAAAGGAAUCAAACUGGUUAUGGUGGACAAAGAUGGAAAGAAGCUUUCAGAAGACUAUUUUCCUGGGAAGGAGGACUCAGCAGGCGAUAUAGUCCUCCAACUGAAGAAGGAGCCAGAAAAUCCAACACAGAGGAGGGGGUUCUUCUCAAAGAUAACUAAACGGAUUCGUGGUGAACAGAGCCCGUGCAGUGGUCAUUUUGAAAUCCUGAGACCAGAUGGAACUGUGAUCCCAGUAAAUUCAGAAGAUCAGAACUGCCUCUACCACGCUGUUGCCCAGGCCACCUGUAAAAAUCCAGGUGAUGUAGGAGAAGAGGCACAGAUCCUUCGGGAGCAGGUCAGAAACAAUCUUCAGCAAAACCUACCCAAAUACGUAGGAGCUCUGAAGCUGCAGAAAGGAUAUGAAACCUGUAACUCUCCUGGAAGAUAUUACAUAUGUGGAGGAGAUCGAAAGGUGCGAAGAAAAGCCGUAGACGAUUUCAACGCCAUCUUGGGCGACACGAGCAAGAAAGGUUUGAGUCCAGAGGAAUUACGAGAUAUCCAAGAACGACGUCUGGGUUUGGUUGGAACGCACGCUGAUGUGUACAAAAUCCGGGUGGAAACCUCAAACCAAAGAGAAUGUGGUGAAAACAGGCUGGCAGUGGAAGCAGACCACGUCCCACCUAAAUGUGUGUUUCAGAAUGCCCUUAAAACGUUGCAGGAACCUGAGAACGUAAAGUUAAGAGAGAACCUGAAAAACAAAAGUCCCCACCUUCAUGCACUGUUGGAUAAAAACGGAGACCGCGGGCUGUGCAGAGAGGUUCUGAAAUCGCACCACGAGGCAGGCCUGACCUGGCGCAACAGAAAAGAGUCUCGUAUAAUCAGCGAGAAGCUUGAGGAGAUUCUUAUUUCUGGAGAUGGGGAAAAACUGGUGAAGAUGUCGCUGCUGGCAGCCAAUCCAGUUACAUCCAAUUCUCUCAGGGAGGAUGCAGGAAUCCUCUCACUGAACAUCUCAAAUAUGUCCAGAGACGCAACGAAGCGCUACCACGAUGUUGGAGACAAGCUGCUGGUGGAAGGUUACUACAAGAAAGGAGUCCUGAACGAGGAGGAGAGGCACAGCAUCAUGGACUGGCUGAAGGGCGGAAACCUGUACUCAAAGAACAUGUCAGAGUACAAAGAGAUGUGCCGUGAGCUGAGAGCCAAGAUACACAAACACAACAACAACAGUGGAAAAUAACAACAGA